AUGCCUAUCAACUCACUCCGAGCGCUGCGCAACCCGCGCAUCUCGGCCCGACAAAUCCGCCAUUUCCACCCGACAAGACCAGCUUUUUUGGUCAAUGAAGUAUUAAACGCCUCUGCCGGCUUCAUUCAAGCAGUACACUCAUUCUCUUGUCUCCCAUGGGUUGCUUCUAUUCCAUUGACGGCCCUGAUUAUCCGUAUGACAGUCGGAAUGCCGCUGCAAAUGUACAGCAAGAUCCAAGCACGCAAGGAGCUAGAUAUCGCUCCGAUCAUGACUUCUUGGAGGCACCAAUACCAAGCACAGAUCAGAAAGGAUGUUAAUCGCUCCAGUGAAGAUCCGAUGAUGGCAGGCCAAGCAAACGCGGAGUUGUUGAAGAUGAUCAAAGCCAAAAAGCGCGCUUUGGAUAAAGUCUGGGGCAUACAUCGGUUCUGGAAACCCGUUCCUUUCUUGCAACUUCCUGUCUGGCUGUCAAUUAUGGAAAGCCUGAGAGCGAUGUCUGGGAACAGUAGCGGGUUGGUACCGUGGCUCUUGUCAUUGACGCGGGGCUCGUCAGAUAUAUCCUUGGCCGCUGAGCCAUCGCUAGCUACUGAGGGAGGCUUGUGGUUUCCGGAUCUUCUUGCUGGUGAUCCAACGGGCAUUCUUCCUAUCUUUUUGGCGGGAUCCGUCAUUACGAAUAUCCGCACUGGAUGGAAGGUUCCUUCUUUCAAGGAAAUUGCCAGCUUGCCGCGGCCAGAGAGGAUCAGACUUAUCUCUUCGCGGCUGCUGAAAUUGUUACUUCAGACUCUCGCCUUGUAUGUUGGUGCUGCAUCUUACGUGUACCAAAUGCCUUGUGCGCUUAUGAUUUACUGGAUCACGAGUACAAAUCUCGCUACCACGCAAUCACUCUUUUUGGACAAGUUCAUGUUCAAGCGGCCGGGUCUCAAGCAGUGGAGGAGAUUUGUCAUUGGAUACCCUCCAUUGAAAAAGACUUAA